CUUGCUGGGCCCCCGUAUGUGCCAGCCUCACUGUAGCAGCAGUGCGAAUUCAGUCGAGCCGGGGAAGGAAUUCAGAGGGGGAUGCCGCUGUCUGUGACGGUGAAGCAACGACAAGCAUAGGGGGGAAAACAACUGGGAUAUAACUUGUACUAUGGAUAAUAAUGACACGUAUCUACAUUUAAAUCCGCCCCCUCACUGUCACAUGACCCCACCCCCGUCCCAGAUGAACUCCAUGGUGGGACACCCCUCCGUCAUCAGCGCUUCGAUCAACGCCCCCCGGCCCCUCCCCUCCCCCAUGGGUGGCAUGGGCUCGCCGUACUCCGUCAUCACGUCCUCUCUGGGCUCGCCCUCCGUCUCCCUGCCCUCCACGCCUGGGAUCAAUUUCGGAACACUUGGCAGUCCACAGAUGAGUUCACUUAACAGUGUGAGCAGCACAGAGGACAUCAAGCCCCCUCCUGGUCUGGCAGGACUGGGCAGCUACCAGUGCACCAGCCCAGGGUCCCUAUCCAAGCACAUCUGUGCCAUCUGUGGGGAUCGUUCCUCAGGAAAGCACUAUGGCGUGUACAGUUGUGAGGGCUGCAAAGGGUUCUUCAAGAGGACCAUCAGGAAAGACCUCACCUACACCUGCCGGGACAACAAGGAGUGCCUGAUCGACAAGCGGCAGCGCAACCGCUGCCAGUACUGCCGUUACCAGAAGUGCCUGGCCAUGGGCAUGAAGAGGGAAGCUGUGCAGGAGGAGAGGCAGAGGGGGCGGGAGAAGAGCGAUAACGAGGUGGAGUCCACCAGCAGCUUCAGCGAAGACAUGCCGGUGGAGAAGAUCCUGGACGCUGAGCUGGCCGUGGAGCCCAAGACCGAGACGUAUAUGGACGCCAGUCCUGGGAACUCAACAAACGAUCCCGUCACCAACAUCUGCCAAGCGGCAGACAAGCAGCUCUUCACCCUGGUGGAGUGGGCCAAGAGGAUCCCGCACUUUUCUGAGCUGCCGCUCGACGACCAGGUCAUCCUGCUGCGGGCAGGUAUGACACGCGCGCCGGCGGCGGAGGCCCAGCUUCCUGCUCCAGAGCACAGCUUCUGCAUUUACCGCACAGAACUACUAGUGCAGCUUCACAUUCUACAAGUUCAGCUUCACACUGCAGUUCGGCUUUGCACUUUGCAAGUUCAGCUUCACACUCUGCAAGUUCAGCUUCACACUCUGCAAGUUCAGAUUCAUACUGCAAGUUCAGCUUCACACUCUGCAAGUUCAGCUUCAUACUCUGCUCAUCUGAAUAUUUGAAAUCUAAAUCAUAAUAUUGUCUAAUAUCUGCAUGAGGAUGUUCUGCAUAUAUUGGAAAAUAUAUCAGUUUUGGCAUAUUAAGAUUAGUAGUAUCGUGCAUAUGCUAUGACAUGCAUUUUAUGUAUUUAUAUUGAGAAAUUCUGCAUUUAAUUAUGAAACAUUUGAAAGUGAAUAGUAUAUAAAAAAUGGCAUGUUCAGGAGUAAAUCUGCAAGUGUACUUUUUGUAUAUAUUGGAUUCCUUAUUUCACCAUUUGACUUGCAUUGGUUUUCUCAAACGCAUAGGCUCCCACAGCGCUCUUUGUCCCAAAGAGGAUUUUAUCAUGAAAACAUGCCAUAAUGUAGUAUCUCCAAAACAAGAGGUCGUGAGAGGGGUCAAAAUAAGCAUAAACAAAUGUAGGCCAACAUGCUGACUUGUAUCUGUGGGUGAGUUCUGACUUGAGCAGACCAGUUUGUGUUUGUUGCUGUGCUCAGCAAUGUGGUUUGUAUCUGUGCUUAUGUGCUGAACACAGUGUGAUUCAGUUCCUAUCUUCUGUUUACUUCAGGCCAGAGUGGUAGCAGUUUGUGGCUAUGAGCAUAUUUUACACAAUGUGUUAUAACUUGUAUCUGUGGAUACAUUCUGACUGCCACAGAAUCUAGCUUAUACAUGGCGCACAAUAAUGUUUGUGCUCUGUACUCCAUAAUUUCUUUUCUUGAUUUGGCUGUACUCCAUAAUUUCAGAUUUGUAAU